CCCUCAUACUCUUGAUCUCCGUUUCGUUGCUACCUUGGUGACAAAGUCUCAGAGAUCAAAACAGUAACAACACUUCAUCGCAUUGCCUUCAAUCAAACAAACUUUCUUUUCUUUUUUUUUCUUUCUUCUCCCUUCCUUUAUUAUGAUUUUUCUAUCCCUUUUCUUUUUCUUCUUCCAUUUGAUUCUUUGGACUUACUCUCGUUGUUUCACAAGUUUUUGAGACGUUGCCGUUUCCUUACCUACGUAUUCCUUCUUCUCUUUCUACUUUUCCGUUUCAAUGGCGGUUCUGCACUUUCAGGUAAAGGGUACUGGGAGGAAGAGGAAACGAAGAACUGAAAGAAGGCUCAUCGUUGAUGAAAAAGUUGAGGUGAGGAGUUUGGAAGACGGGUUUCUGGGUUCUUGGCAUGGUGGGACUGUUGUUGCGUGUGAUAAUGGAGUUCGUCUCGUGAAGUAUGAUCAUCUUCUCCGGGAUGAUGGUUCUGAUCUUCUUGUUGAUGCUAUUUCCGUUUCGGCUACUUUGGACGAUGUUAAUUUCUUGAGUGGGAAUACGGAUGUUCGAGGGAAUUUAAGGCCAAUACCACCUACGGUUGAUUUUGGAAAGUGGGAUUUGCCUUAUGGAUUGUGUGUUGAUGUGAAUUACCUGGACGCUUGGUGGGAAGGUGUUAUUUUUGAUCACGAAGAUGGGUCUGAUGAGAGGAAAGUUUUCUUUCCAGAUUUGGGAGAUGAGUUGACUGUUGGAAUUGAAACAAUGCGUAUUACUCAGGAUUGGGAUGAGGUCACUGGGAAUUGGCAGAGACGUGGGACUUGGUUGUUUCUUGAGUUAAUUGACCAAUGUGAGCAAGAAUCCUAUCUUCCUGUUUCUUUGAAGCAAAUAUGGUAUGAAGUACGGGGAAAAGAAGAUUUCAUUAAGAUUAGAAAGUGGACUUCUCCUAUGAAUGAUUUGUGGAAGGAGUUGGUGAUGGAGGUUAUUAAAGAAAAUUUAGAUGUUACUCUAAAGGAAAUGCUUCGGGUUUUAGAAAGUUCCUCCAGUGUAGGAUGUGAGUUAGGUAAAAUUUGUGUAGUCAAGAAUCCUUCAAUCGAUUUUGUUAACGUUGAUGCAGAUGCAAUUACAGGGGAAUCUGAAAAAAGCAAUACAAUGAUUAGGACUGAUUUCAAUCAGGAAAUUGCAUAUGAUGCCCUUGGUUCGGUAAUGAAAGAAGUGCACACACUUGAUAGGAGUUAUUUCAAUCAGGAAAAUGUAUUUGAUUCCCUUGGUUUGGUAAAUGAAGAAGUGCACGCACAUGAUAGUUUGGACGCAGAGUUGCUGGAUUCUGGCCCUAGUUCUAUUAAUUUUCAUCUAGCUCUAGGAAAAUCUCAACUGGAUGAUGAUACCAAAAUGAAAACAUCGAAUGAUCUAGAUUUCUCUUGUCGCGAUGAAGCAUUGUCUACGCUGCCUAAAGGAUCAUCAUCUAAAGCUUCUGAUGCUGAGGUACUUUCUGGUGCUAGUGGUUCCAUUAGCCAUCAGCAACUUCCAAUUACCGAGAAUAAAAAUGUAAAGAAACAGCCAAAAUGUUCAGGGCGUGAAAGUUCCUUUAAGUGGGAAACUCUUAGUGCUACAACUCCUCUUGAUGCUGCAUCGUGCCCUGAUGCUGUUACGGAAUAUUCUCUUUUGGGUAAAGAAAAGCCUAAACAAGCUUUGGUUGAAAAUGUUAAAAAGCAUCUUUUGUAUCAUGGCUGGAAAAUAGAAUACAGGAAAGAUAAGCCUCUUUUCAAAUAUACCUCACCCGAUGGAAAGUGUUUCUAUUCUCUUCUCCAGGUGUGCAAGCUCUUGGAAGAACUCCCUGUUGAGAUCACUCCAUCUGUUUCCAAAAAUGAAACGAAAAUCAUGCAAGGCUCAGGUAAUAUGAUACUCUCAUCUUGUGUUGCAGGGAGAGAAAGGAGUUUAAGUCCAAACAAUUGCUUUCAGACUACUCUUGAUGGUUCUGGUGUCGCUUUAGGACAACCCAGACUUUUGCAUAAAGCUGUCAUGGACUACUAUAACAUGAGUCAGUUAGGCAGUAAUGGAGAGAAGGGUGUGGUUAAAAUGCAAUCAGAAGCAAGGAGGCAUCUAUUAUCUUUGGGAUGGGGUAUGCUUGUCACCCAAAAAGGCAAGGGAAACAAGCAAAGAUGGAACUACACUUCACCACUAGGAAGAACUUGUACCUCACUUUCAACAGCCUGCAAAAUCUGUUUAGAUGAAGAGGGUGUCUACCAAAGUACAGACUCUCCUGGCAGAACUAUGGAAAAUAUGUUUUUAAUACAGAAGGCCGAUGGCCAGUUAGUGAGCAAUACAUUUUACUCUGCACCUAGUAAUGUGGAUGUACAGGAAUGCUCGAUGCCUUCAGAUUCAAUUGGAACGUCUCUUGGAAAGUCUCCUGGAAUAUCUCCAUCCAAAUACCUCAUGGAAUUUAGUCACAAUAAGUCUCAAAGGUGUGAAAAAGUCAUCAGCAUGACUAAUGUAUUUGAUUUUUCAUCUCACUUACCUCAAAGCCAACAUAAUUUAGAUGGUAAAGCAUGUGAAUCUGGCGUCCAGACUGUAUGCAAAAAGUAUGCGAGGCGCAUAAGGAGUCCUGAAGCAGUUAAGCAAGAACUGAACAGAGGAAGAGUAUCUGCAGGUAUCAAUAAAUUUUCAGAUGACAUGGAGAAUAGGAGGUCAAUUCGUGUGUCACGCUCAAGCAAAAGAGUGCAUGAGGUGGUCACUCCAAGUCCUUCACACCAUAACCCUAGAACAAUACUCUCGUGGUUGAUAGAUAACAAUAUGGUGUUGCCAAGGGCAAAAGUUUAUUACUGUAGAGGGAAGAAUCGGCGACCAAUGGCUGAAGGAAGGAUAUCUCGUGAUGGGAUCAAAUGCUGCUGCUGUCAGAAGCUAUAUACAAUCAAUGGUUUUGAAAUCCACGCUGGUGGUACUUCAUCUCGGUCGGCUGCAAAUAUACUGCUGGAAGAUGGAAAAUCCUUGUUAGAAUGCCAGAUACUUUGCAAUAAAAAGACCAGAAGCUUUAAAAACCAAGCUUCUGCUUGUAGAAAAGGUGACUUUUCUAAAGGUGAGAAUGACUAUAUCUGUUCAAUUUGUCACUUUGGAGGCACAUUAAUUUUAUGUGAUCAGUGUCCAUCAUCAUUCCACCAAAGCUGUCUUGGUUUAAAGGAUGUCCCAGAAGGUGAUUGGUUUUGUCCAUCGUGUUGUUGUGGCAUUUGUGGCCAGAAAAAAUUGAGUGAACACGCCAAUGUUGUUGGUGACCCUUUCCUCACUUGUUAUCAGUGUGAAUGUAAAUAUCACGUUCAAUGCCUACGGGGUACCAAAAAGUUUGGAAGCUGUUCUAAACCUCAUUGGUUUUGUAACAAACAUUGUAAACAGAUAUACUGGGGUCUUCAAAAGCUAUUGGGCAAAUCAAUUCCAGUGGGUGGUGACAAUCUAACCUGGUCACUUUUGAAGGCCCCAUCUUCUGAUACUGAUUAUUUCAACCCUCCUCACCUCGAUACCUUAACAGAAAAUCAGAGCAAGCUCAAUGUUGCUCUCUCUGUGAUACAUGAAUGUUUUGAACCUGUUAGGGAACAACACACAAGGAGAGACAUUGUAGAGGAUGUCCUUUUUAGCAGAAGGUCAGAGCUUAAGCGGUUGAACUUUCAAGGUUUCUAUACUGUGCUUUUAGAAAGAAAUGAUGAAUUAGUUAGUGUUGCUGCUAUAAGGGUCUAUGGAGAGAAGGUGGCAGAAGUACCACUUGUUGGAACUCGAUUUCAGUAUCGUCGACUUGGCAUGUGUCGCAUUUUAAUGAAUGAGCUUGAAGAGAGGCUGAGAGGAAUGGGAGUUCAGAGGCUGGUCUUGCCAGCUGUUCCAAGCGUGCUCAAUGCAUGGACUACUUCAUUUGGAUUUUCAAAGAUGACUGAUUCCGAGAGAUCAGAGUUUCUUAAUUAUACUUUCCUGGAUUUCCAGGAAACUGUAAUGUGCCAGAAAUUCUUGCUGAAGAAUACAGUUGUGCCUAGCUCAUUAUCAGGGAAGUCUGACCUUCAUGAUGCUGCCAACAAAAAUAAAAAUAGUUCUGAUAAUAUUUGCGGAUCCAGUGUGAUAACCGAACUUCAUCCAACAGCACACAAUGAGGGCAGUAUUUUGCAAGAACAAGUGGAAAUCUCAGCGACUAACACCAGUGAUAACAACAGCCCCAGUUUGGUGGUUAACGUGGGGAAGCUGAAGAACCAUCUUCAAAACAAUUCAACAAGCCACAUUGAACAAUAUCCCACGUGCUCAGCCGGAGGCUUCAAACGUUUUGAGGGUCUCCAAGAGAAUACUCGUGAUUAUUUGAAGUAUUACAGGCGAAGAAACAAGUUGAUCAGUUGUUGAUUGAGACUCCAUUGUGGUUUUGAGCUCAACGACGAAAAUCACCCACGUGUAUAACCUGUUUUCUAGAAUUAGUUUGCGGUUUGGAAUAAUUUUGCAAAACAUAACCCAUUGUGGUUUGGAAUUGUUUUUGGUUUGCGGUUUAGAGCUUAGUGUUUGUGUUCUCUUGUACAGAAUAACUGCAGGAGAGAAUUAGGAAAGCUCAUUUUGGAUAGUUAAAAGAUUUCUAGAAAUAGGGUGUUGUAAAUAAUAUUAGAACAUGAAUUAUUAGAACUUUGAUGGGGCUGAUAUAUAAAUGGUAUUAAACCAUAUGGAAAAACAGCUUCUUUUU